AACGCUGCAUAUAUAUUAAUACAUGUUACUUUGCAGGUUGCCUAGAUGGCACUCGUAUAACUAUUGAUCCUCCUGGAGAUCGUAAGGACGACUACAUUGACAGAAAAGGAAAUAUUUCAUUAUGCUUGCAAGCCAUCUGUGAUGAAAACAGAAAAUUUAUUAGCAUAUUUGUCGGACAUCCAGGCUCCUGUCAUGACAGUUGGGUUUUACAAAACUCUCCUAUUUAUAUGCGACUACCAUCGAAGUGUGGAGAAUACUAUCUACUGGCUGAUUCCGCAUACCCCUGUACACAACACAUCAUUACGCCAUAUAAAGACAACGGGCGUCUUACUCGUGCACUAAAGAAUUUCAAUAGAAAAUUGGGGUCAGGUCAAAUACUAAUAGAAAAUGCAUUUGGUAUUUUAAAACAACGUAUUAGACAGCUGUACUACUGUAAAUUUAAAGGAGUUGAAAAACCGUGUCACUUUAUAAGAGCAUGUUGCGUUUUGCACAAUCUUGCAAAUGAAAACGACUUAGAAUUCACAUUUUCAGAACAAUCUGAGGAAGAUAAUGAUGUCAACAACCACAUCCCUUUUAGAUCAAGUAUCGUUAGAGAUUCGAUUUGGAAUGAAUUACAAACAGAAAAUAAUUUGGAUUAA